AUGAUGAGCGGCUUGCAAAAUAUACAAAUCUCCUGCGAGGGUCAAGUACCAAGCCAUCGUUACCGCCGAAGUGUAGUAGAUUAUGCAUUAAUCUCACUACGAAUGGCGAUCGAGCAAGCACCAUUGAAACAUCUCCACACUCUGUCAUUGUUAUCAAUCCACCCAGGAGCGGCCCUUUACCUACGUCCAGCUCUAGGAUUCGGUGCUCCGCCUGGAACUUGCAAGCGCCGGUCCCAGAUCCGCAAGCUUACAGUCCACAUGACGAGUUUCGGCCAUGAGCCAGGUCAGCUGACAGACCACCUCAAGCUCCUCCAUGCAUACCUAGGAAGCUUCUCAUCUCUACAAAGACUGAGGGGGCCUCUCACCCCUGUCGCUUGCAACAGAGCCUCGCCUCAACAGCGCAGCCAAAGGGAAGCCAACUCAAGCCUGUCCCUAGAGAUGCGCGUUGCCCUUACGACCAUUGAAAUUCAAACAUUUUCAGCAGAUGGAGCUGAUCAAUGUGACAAUGGACGCGUCGCAGGUGGCGUCUUGUAUCCAGGAGCACCGGAGUACUCUGCGCGGGUUAAAUCUCAAAAACGUGCUCCGCAGCGACAAUUGGGACGAUGCAAGCGUGCCGUUGACACGACUCAGCGGAAGCAAUGGAUGGAAGCAAGGUCAGCGCGUCACCAACACCGUGGGUGUGCUGAUAGUAUUGAGUACAGCGGGAGUCAGCCAGAAGCAAUUACAGAACGCGAUUUGUGCUUUACAGCAGCAAAAGAGCCUGAGGACGUUGGGAAGCUUGGCGAAAGCACGGUCCCGAAUACGCGAGCUGCUGUUGCUGUUGGGGGGCCCGAUCAUAUGAAGCGACUGCUGCGAUCUGCGGUGUUUAGUUGGCGGUGA